CAGCGCAGCGGUCUAGUGUAAUCCCCAUUACAGCGGGCGGGUCCUCUUUUGAGUCAACCCUUGUCUUUAAGCAAUAAUCCUGGGGAAUUUCUCCACAUUGCGCCUAAAAUUUAAACACACGAUCACCUGGACCACAGGGAACCUAAACCGCGCGAGAAAAUAAGGCAUGGCAGCCAUACGGAAAAAGCUGGUGAUCGUGGGUGAUGGAGCCUGUGGGAAGACCUGUCUACUUAUAGUGUUCAGCAAAGACCAGUUUCCAGAAGUCUAUGUGCCCACUGUGUUUGAGAACUACAUUGCAGACAUUGAAGUAGACGGCAAACAGGUGGAGCUGGCAUUGUGGGACACAGCUGGACAGGAGGACUAUGACCGUCUGAGACCUCUGUCCUACCCAGACACGGACGUCAUCCUCAUGUGCUUCUCCAUAGACAGUCCAGACAGUUUAGAGAAUAUUCCUGAGAAAUGGACACCUGAGGUGAAGCACUUCUGCCCAAACGUUCCCAUAAUUCUGGUUGGAAAUAAGAAAGAUCUGAGAAAUGACGAGCACACACGGAGGGAGCUGACCAAGAUGAAGCAGGAACCGGUUAAACCAGAGGAGGGCAGGGACAUGGCAAACCGUAUUAGCGCCUUUGGCUACUUGGAAUGCUCUGCUAAGACUAAGGAUGGAGUAAGGGAGGUAUUUGAAAUGGCCACUAGAGCGGCACUGCAAGUCCGCAAGAGAAAGAAGAGGAGCGGCUGCCUACUGUUGUGAAAGAAUUUUCCGGCCUUUCUCAGAAUGACCCGGAAUUUUCUGUUACAACUUUCAACUGACAAGGAAAUACCAAACUCUGCAAGAUCUUUGACCAAACAGCAUAAAUACACUGUACUGUAUGUCACAUUUCAUGCAAACCAACCAACAGGUGUGAAAUGUAAAGAAAGUUCAUAAAAUAUGCAUUGAAAGAAUAUGGGCUGGGCGGAAAGCCAGGUUACAUAAAUAAAUGGCAUGCCUUGAAUUAGUUUUCCCCUAUGGCACAAUUUU